AUGAGGGUCAUAAAUAUAUACAAGUGUUAUCUAUGCGAACAAAUCUUACCUUAUUUAUUAUAUCAAGUUUUGCUUUGUUUGGUGGUCGUAGUUCUGGCUGACCAGAGCUCACACGUUAGCAUCAGUCUGGGCGGUGCUCAUGCUGUCAGCCAUCACAGCUCCUCUCACCACGCACGGCCUUCGUACCACCAUCAACCUACCUACCACCCACAGCCAUCCUACCAUCCCCAACCUUCGUACCACCCUGUUCCCGCUUAUCAUCCACAGCCUUCCUAUAAGCAUGGACACGAGCCUGCUGUGCCAGCAUGUGCUGCCAACACAACCAAACCAUGGUGCCUCGAGGACGCUCACUAUCCCAUCUACGAGAUCAAACACGCUGCCGAGCACCACUACGAGAAGCUGACGUAG